AGAGCGUCCCCGCUGGCAGGAUAGCGCCAUGGCCUCCCGCGGGGGUCCCCGCGCCGCCGGCACCGACGGCAGCGACUUCCAGCACCGGGAGCGCGUGGCCUCGCACUACCAGAUGAGCGUGUCCCUCAAGUCGGAGAUCAAGAAGCUGAUCUACACACACGUGGGCAUCUGGCUGCUGCUGAUGGCCCAGAUGUGCGUGGGGCACCUCAAGCUGCUGCCCCAUGACCAGGUGGCCAUGCCCUACCAGUGGGAGUAUCCCUACCUGCUCAGCAUCCUGCCCUCCCUCCUGGGCCUCCUCUCCUUCCCCCGCAACAACAUCAGCUACCUGGUCCUCUCCAUGAUCAGCACCGGCCUCUUCUCGGUGGCUCCCCUCAUCUACGGGGCCAUGGAGAUGUUCCCCAUGGCGCAGCAGCUCUACCGGCACGGCAAAGCUUACCGCUUCAUCUUUGGCUUCUCGGCCGUCUCCAUCAUGUACCUGGUGGUGGUGGUGGCUGCCCAGGUGCACGGCUGGCAGCUCUACUACAGCAAGAAGCUGCUGGACUCCUGGUUCACCAGCACGCAGGAGAAGAAGAAGAAAUGAGCCGGGACGGGUGGGCUCCACGAGGGCCGGAGCUCUGCAGCCGGGGCCGUGCAGCUCCGGUGGGUGGGUGUCCACGGGGACCAAUGUUGGGUGUCUGAGCCACGCCACGGCUCACGGGCAGGGAUGGGGGUGACAGCCCCCCGGGGCUGGGGCGUCUCCCGCGCCGUGGAGGGUCCCCGUUGCCCG